AUGCUGCCCCCCGUGGACCGGGACGUGCUGCGCGACAACCCCCAGUUCGCCAAGCUGCACGCCGCUCUCCGAAACGACCUCCUGAACCCGGACGGGUCGACCAAGCCGCGUCGUCGGCCUGCGCAUGCACACCAGGCGGACCUGGCAGACGCGCGGCUCCAAACCGCCAAGCUGCAUCUGCUGGAGCGCGCCCUUGCCGCCUCCCGUCCCGCCUCGCCGGCAACCACCACCAGCAGCGGCGGCAGCAGCGGCGGCAGCUCCGGCGCGCUCGCCCGUCUCCUCCUCCUGCUGCCGUCCCUCGUCGGCGACGACGACGACGAGCAUGACUCCGCCGCCGCCGCCGCCGCCGCGCUGGGCCCGGAUGCCGCCGCCCUGCUCCUGUCCAGCCCCCCCUUCUGCGACCUCCCGUCCCUCCUGCCCCAGCUCGGCAGCCUCGCCUCGGCGCAGCUGCACGCCUCGGCCCUGUGCGUCGCGCGCGUCGCCCACCCGUCGCGGAACCCGUCCUUCCUCCAUCGCUGCAUCCCCUCGCUGCCGGGAGACCACGCUGCCCUGCGCCAGAGCCUUGCCGGUGCCCGGGCCGCCCUCGUGGACGCCCGCCUCGACGCCCUGGCCCUGCUGGCCGAUCUGCUCCGCCUGUACACCCAGUCGCUGGCGCUCCUCAUCCAGCGCCUCGAGUUCAAGCACGUCGUGGCCGCCAGGAACCUGGAGCUGCGCGCGCUGGACGUGUCCCUCGCCGCGCGGCAGACGGCGCGUGACGCCGCGACCGCCGCCAGCAGCGCCGCCAGGGACGUCUACACCCCCGACACGCUCGCCGCCCUGGCCAACUACUCGUCUCACCUGAAAGAUGCCCAUGUCCGCGCCGCUGAAAGAGUUCGUGGCCUCAAGGCGGAGCUCGCCGAGUACGGCGUCGGGGCGGACAACGCCCGCGACAAGGAGAAGACGAUGAGGGCGCUGGCGCGGACGUGUCGCGAGAUGGAGCGGCAGAUGGAGGACGUGAACAACGACUUGGACCGGCUGCGUGGUAGAACACGUUAG